AGAGGGACCACGAGUCGAGCGCGCACCAGGACGGAAACACUUGGACGUCUUCAAACUGGUCAGAAAGAAAGAAGCCAAUAAAUCCAUGAAUUCAAUUUGAAGAGCCUUUCCUAAGUUGUCAUGGAUGCCCCUUCAGUUCCCCAGAUCACGGUGGACACAGCUGAUGUCCUGGAAGAAGUAGAAAGCAUGGAGGAUUGUGACUCCUACGACCAUCUUGACAGCUUGAAGGCCCUGACACAGAAACUGAAUCUGCAAACUAGGAGGCCUUCUUACCUGGAGUGGAAAGAAAGACUGGAUGCAAAAGAUCCUAAGGGGGAAUUAAGGACAGGAUAUGGGCAAUUCCCAGUGGAUAAUGGUUUGGUGGAGAAGGAGAGUUCACUGUCCUCGGAUGUACUGCAGGGAUUCAACAUCGAUGAGGCCCUAGAUUACGUCAGGAGAGAACUGAUGGACAUGCGUGUGCAGGAUCAGCAGUUGGCCAGGCAGCUCAUGAAACUCCGAGGAGACAUCAACAAGCUGAAGAUUGAGCAAGCCUGCCACCUCCACCGACGGAUGCUCAAUGAUGCCACCUACAGCCUGGAGGAGAGAGACGAGCUGUCGGACCUUCUGUGUGAGUGCCCUGUCACUCCGGGCCUGGGACUGUCUGCCCCCCUGCGCCUCAUUGGGGUCACGAAGAUGAACAUUAACUCACGUCGCUUCUCACUUUGCUAGUGGCACUGAUGGCACAGACUCUUCAAGUAUUGAUGCAUUCUUACAAGACUGAAUAUAUCAUAAUCAAAUAUCAAUUAUAUUGCAAUUUGAGUUGCCACCAUUAGUAUUUAGUUGAUAAAUAAACUCUGUAAAGAACCAAAUUUCCUGCAAUUAGAUUUUUUUAGCCUACCUUUUUUAAGAAAUCCAAAGUUAGCAGAUACUUUUUAUAAGCAAAAUCUUACUUUUUUAUAGGUUAACAGCCAUAACACAUUCAUUUCAAUGUUCACAAUGUUCAUUCACAACUGAUAUAUUGACAUAUCUGAUAACAAGAUUCAGUCAGUUUCUUUGUGUUGCUAUCUUAAAGUGUUUUUCAUACAUGCUAUAUAGUAUUUCAAACAAGGAUCUGAGAUUGUUUACAGCCACCUGUAUAAUCCAAAGGAGGGAACUAUCAAUCAUCUUCUAAAAGUCAAGUGUUAAGUAUUUAAGUAAGGUGUGACUAUAUGAUUAAGCCCAUGCUGGAUAAAUAUGAGUCAUCUGUUUGCCAGAUGACAUGGCCAGUCUGUCUAUAUUCCUUGUUUUUCCAUCAGGGUUUUUCAGUGUUACCUAAGGACUUGGGGACAGCUCUGACUCUCAUAGUUUGAAUUCUGUGGGGGGUGGUUAGGGGGGUGAGAAUGGCUGAAUCCCUGUCCUUCUGGGGCUGGAGCUUGAAUAGCAUGUUGUGAAUGACUGAGACUGUAGUUUUCAUGCAUAAUGUCUUACAGUCAUCUUAUACAUUUUGCAAUAAGCAGUUAUGACCCUCUGUCAAUUCAGUGUUCUGUUACUGUAGAGAUCCAAGCUGUAACCUGAGCACAGGUGUGUUGUUCCAGUGCUCAGAUCAUUUACCCUCUCAGGCUUCUCAUUGUCCUUACGAAAGCUAGCCUUCAUUUCAUACUCAAUCAAAUGAACAGAGCAUCAUAUUGUGAAUGCAGUAAAAUAAAAUGUGCUGGUCUCCUCUGCCUUAGUCUGCUGCCUGUUGCAGGCUGGAGUAAUCCCUGGUCUGGGCCCUUCUGUGUCCUGAGGCGCAAAUGCUUUGACAUAUUCAGGCUGAAGUUCCACAGGAGCUUAGGGGCAUUCAAGCAGAUG